AUGGCCUGCCCACGAUUGACACUCGCCACCGAGGCUAUAAAAAGGUGUUGCCAUGGGGCAAACUCCACCGAAGCCACCGAAGGGAUCAACACAGGCGAGGUUUGCAAUGAGCCCUUGGUAGAUCCACUCCUGGAAGCAGAUGCCUCCGAGGAACUCACCGAUCCUGAACUUUUGGGCAGCAUCAAUGAAGCCAAGAAGCUGGUGGAUGAGGCAUACAAGUUCUCCCGGGAAAGAUCCAAGGCAAGCUUGAACAAGACCCACGUCAGUCCGUCGGAUUUCCUGAAACACUUGAAGGAGCCGGUGGCCGCCACCAGGAGCGCAUUACGCGCCGCCAGCUACCUGGACACCUCUUUGGACCUCCUGAAGAAAAAGCUGCAGAAGAAAUGGCAGAGGCCCUUCAACAUCACAGAUGUCCUCAGCAGCAAGCAGAAGGAAACCAUCUCCAAAGUGACCGGCUGCGACUAUCUGACCCGUCCCAUUUCCUGCCCAGAGGACAGUCCUUACCGGACCAUCACUGGAGAAUGCAAUAACCGGAAGCACCCACACUAUGGAGCCUCCAACCGUGGCUAUGCGCGCUGGCUCCCGGCGGAGUACGAAGAUGGCAUCUCCCUUCCCAGGGGUCUCAUUCAGGGCCAGCUUUAUAAUGGACAUCCCCUUCCGCUGGUGCGGAGCGUUUCCAACCAGAUCAUCGCCACCUCCAACACGAAUGUCACGGAGGACCAGGAGCGCUCGCUGGCCUUCAUGCACUGGGGGCAAUGGGUGGACCACGACUUGGAUCUGGCCCCCAUGACCGAAACCAGCAUUGAGAACAAAGAGGCCCACUGUGACAAUACCGAGUGCAACUACGCACCUCCUUGCUUCCCGAUUAAGGUUCCUCCCGGAGACCCCCGGAUCAAGAAGUCCGGCGUCUGCAUGCCCUUCAUCCGGACGGCGCCUGCCUGCAACCCCACAACGUACAUCCGUGAACAGCUCAACGCCAUCACGUCUUACCUUGACGCCAGCAUGGUCUACGGGAGUGAAGAUACGUUGGCCAGGAACCUGCGGAACAACAGCAACUCUCUGGGUCUGAUGGCUCUCAACCAGAACUUCACCGACAACGGACUGGGCCUCCUGCCCUUCGAAAACAAAUCCAGGAGCCUCUGCCUUUAUACAAACAGGACCGCCAACAUCCCCUGUUUCAAAGGAGGGGACAAAAGGGCCACUGAAAACCUGGGGCUGACCGCCAUCCAUACUUUGUUCGUCCGGGAACAUAAUCGCUUGGCCACUGAACUGAAGAAGCUGAAUCCGCACUGGGAUGGAGAGAAGCUGUACCAGGAAGCGCGGAAGAUUGUUGGCGCCGUGAAUCAGAUCAUCACCUUCCGGGACUACCUGCCCCUCGUGUUGGGCACUGAGACGAACAAGCAGCUGCCCUUGUACAAGGGUUACAACGAGUCGGAGGACCCAACGGUGGCCAAUGUGUUCUCCUUGGCCUUCCGGUUUGGACAUGGCUCCGUCCCACCCCUGGUGCCCCGCCUGGAUGAGGAUUUCAAGCCCUUGGCUCCAUACUUCUAUGCUCCUCUUCACCUCACCUUUUGCGCCUCGUGGAGAAUCGUGAUGGAAGGUGGCAUCGACCCGCUUUUCCGCGGCUUCCUGGCGGACCAUGCCAAGCUGAUGCGGCAGAGCCAGAUGAUGGUGGAGGAGCUCCAGGAGCGGCUCUUUGAGCAAGUAGAGGUGAUCGGCCUCGACCUGGCCUCUCUCAACUUGCAGCGGGGAAGGGACCAUGGCUUGCCAGGAUACAACGCCUGGAGGCGCUUCUGCGGUCUCUCCGAGCCGCGCGACGAAGCCGAGCUCGCCGUCGUCUUGCGCAACCCAAAGCUGGCCAAGAAAUUCAUAGACCUCUACGAAACGCCGGACAACAUCGACAUCUGGAUCGGGGGCAUGGCAGAACCCUUUGUGCCCCAUGGGAGGGUCGGCCCUCUCCUGGCGUGUCUCAUCGGGACCCAGUUCAGAAAAGUCCGGGACGGAGACAGAUUCUGGUGGGAGAAAGAUGGCAUCUUCACCCCGCAGCAGCGCCGGGCUCUGAGCCGCGACUCCUUUUCCCGCAUCAUUUGCGACAACACGCGCAUCCGAGAGGUGCCUAGGGACAUCCUCAAGAGGAACCACUACCCAAGCGAUUUUGUCAACUGCCGCGAAGUCCAAGGGCUCGACUUGUCGGCUUGGCAAGAGUAG